AUGGGCUCAAGCGAUAUUGAGAAAAACAAAGUCGUCAUGCAGGAAAUAUUAUACGAAGUCAUCGAAAAAAGGUAUUGCAUGUUUGUAUUGCAGAUUUUAUAUUAAUCGGAGAGAAGGGGCCCUGGGGAAAUAUCAGAAAUCAAUCAAACAAAAAAUGUGUAAAUUUAAUUUUUUUUUAAAUAUAAAAUUUUUACAGCGAGUCAUAUAAAUUCAUCCGUAUGGCCGAUGAUCUACACGAUGUUGCCUCGUACCUAAAUGAUAUGCGCAUAUGCUUCAUUGCACUCACAGUAACCGGUGAGUUUUGGGAUAAAAAUAAUAUAUUAUGAUAAUAUUUAUCUAGUUAGAGUAACAUAAACAGCAUUGAACAUUGGGGUUUUCAAAUAUUGUCCUAUUUUUUUCAAUGUUUUUACAUUUUGGAACUCAAGUUAUCCGAACUUUCUUUUAAAGUCCGAAUCCUGCCAUGGUUUGAUGAUUCUGAACUGACAUGAGCCAAAGAUUCAGAAUAUCAAAUUUCAAAAAUCAAAAAUCUUUUGGUUUAAUUUGCAAUCGCAAUUUGCCAAGGUUCAAAGUUCAUGAAAAUGUUUUCUGUUCGUUAAAAAAAUUAUUCUCAAAACUCCAACUAACCAUUUUUCAGGUUAUAUCGUUCUUGUCAUAUAUCUAUUUGUAUUCUGCUUCCGUCGUAGUCGAAGGAAUCAACCGAGACGCAGAUAUGGCGAUUUUCAGGUAUUUAACUUACUCCCCUAUAUUACUAAUAUUACCCAAUAACCCCUUAUAAUCACAGAAAGUUCAGCUCGAAUCUCAACGUGAUUUCAACAACACAACUAAUUCGGGCGAUGAUAUGUUAACAACAGUUCGAACAGACACAAAUAGCAGUUAUAUGGGAAGGAAUCAUCAUAGGUAACAGAAGAAACCUUUUAGAAAACAUGAAUACAAACAAACCAAUUUUUUUACUCUCAAUCCCCAAAGCAAUCACAUUUUUAGUCACGUGUGAUGUGUGACAGACACCAAAUCAUUACAGUGUUUUUUUAUAGAGGACGAAUACGCCAGGAAAAGGUGACUGAUAUAUGUCAAAAUUCUCAUAUUAUACAUAUGUAUCAAUAAUCAUAAUUAGUUGGCUUUUUCUCUGACAUUCACGCUCACACCAUACUAUUUUUAGAGGAAUGUGUACAAUCUCACCCUUUUUUCAUCAACAUAUUGUUACCUUGUUGUGAUUUUUUAUUGGGAAAUCAACGCUUUUUCUAGCCGCACGCAACAUUUUUUUUUUUACAUUUUUUUCAAUAAUCACACACACUUAAAAGUAACAUUAUAUCACUUUUCAAACUUCACAUCACGAGGGAACUUUUUCAGAACAGGGAUGAAUUUGAUGGCAGCCUCCGAUGAGAAGGAGAUUUUUUGAAACAGAGUUAGGCAAAUCUUGCUACUCUAUAACUUGGCUCAAAGAUUGAAUUCAAUUCUUGAUCAACGUUAUCAUUAAAAUAUAGCUGCUAAAAAUCUUCAAAGUUUCAACCUUCACGAAAAAGUUCCCUUGAUUUUCAAAAAAACUCACAACAUUUAUAUAUUUCAUAUAUGUAUAGAAUAGAAAGCACGUAUGUCUCAAAAAAUCAAUAUACGUUAAUCCGGUGUUACAUUCGCUGAAAAAUAUGGUGUUUUUUAUCUAGGUCACAUCAGAAUACAGCGCCAACGUUCAUGCGGCACGGGCACAUGAACCAUCAGCAGACGACACGGCUCGUAGCGGACAACGACGGUUCGGCGGUUAGUUUUUUUGUAGUUUUUUUUCAAACGUCAAUUUUUACGAAAGCUUGUUGUUAUCAAUGUUUCUGUUAAUUUUAUAAAUAUUUUUUGAGUGAAUUGAAAAAAAAAACCAAAUAAAAUAUAAUUGUUUGCAGGUGAAACACCAAAUUCCACACAUUACAACGGAGGCGCCAACUGAAGAAAAAGCAAAAGUGCCCCAACUGGUUAAAGAUUCAAUCGAUGGAUAA